CCUUGUUGAACUGCCUCUCUCUGCGACUGGCGCGAGCCACCAUCUUCUUCGUUCGAAGAAAGCCUGGAAGGAGGGUUAAAUCCAUCGAUAUUCGUACAAAUUUUGCGCCCUAUGGUUGGGUCACUGAAACCAGGAUACCAUGGCAUUCUUCUGUAGAAUUAACCAAUCCAAGCUCAAGUCCCUUUCGGCUCAAUUCAAGAGACAUUACUUUCAAAUCUCUCAUGUUGCUUCGCUUGAUCCCGGUUGUACAACGAAACAUGUAGGUUAUGUAGAGCGGAUAAUUCCCCGCAGACCAGCUGAUUUUGCCGAUAAUGUUAGAUUCUAUGCUGCUCCGGUUCAGUUUCAAGGUAAGGCGAAGAAGGAAGAAAAGGACACGAGUGGGCCGCGACUUAAUGAUAAAAUUAAGGCUGAUCUUGUGAGGCUUGUGUAUGAUGAUGGACAACAUACAAUUCUUUCGCUACGUGAAGCACUUGAACGUGCUCGCGAGCUCAAGCUUGAUUUGGUUGAGGUCCAACAAAAAGCCAAUCCACCUGUCUGUAAAAUUAUGGACUUUCACAGACAGAAGUACAAACAGCAAAUAAAGGAAAAAGAUCGUGUUAAAAGCAAGGCUGAAGUGAGUUUAAGAAAGGGAGAUCACAAAGAAGUCCGCUUCACUGGGAAAACUGAGGAGAAGGACCUAAGGAUGAAAGCUGAUAUGAUAAAGCGAUUGAUGGAACGUGGUUACCGUGUGAAGUGUUCUGCCAGGGGUGGUGAGAAUCAGGACUUGGGCGGCUUGUUAUCUCGUCUCUCUGCUUUGAUAGAGGAUGUUGCAAUAGUGGAAAGUGGACCAAGGUUGGAAAAAGGGCAGGCAUAUGUUGUAGUCAGGCAUGUUAAAUUUGGCCCCUCGAAGAAAGGGGGUGGUGGUAAAGCAUCGAAAGUUGUUGCAAAUGCGAAACAGAUGGUUCAAAAUGGCACCACCCCUCUGGUUUCAGCAGCCCGUUCUUCAAGCCCCUGUGACAAAGAAAUGGAUCCUGAAGAAUCAGAUCCUGAAAACGAUUUUGAGAGUUCUGAAAAAACAACCUGGUCGGUUGUUGAUCGUAAUAAUGAUUUGGACGAAGUGUUUGACUUGAAAGAUGAUACCAAUGGGAUUCCCUCCACAACCACUACCAAGAAAAUGAAUGUCGUUUCAGACGGGGAUGUUAGAACCAGCUCAGUUCCACUUUCUCAACAAGAUUCUUCCUUCAAAGUCGAUAAUAGAUACAAAAAGAUUGAACCUACAAACCGUUUCCAACCACCAAAUGUAAUGGACCGCAACAGCCGAGGUGCUAGAGAUUCACUCCGAUCAGAACCCCAGAUUCGCGAUCAGAGGAGGCACCCUCCUACAAACACAAACUUUUCACCCUCCAUGAGAGAAACCAGCCAAUAUGAUAACAAUACUUCUUCAUCAAGAAACGUUAAGCAUUCUUCAAAUGAGACAUCCAAGCUUGGUCCAUCACAUCAUACCAAUUCCGGUCCAUCCAAAACUAGCUUCGGGAUCUUCAGUUCUCUAAACUCCAAUGCUCCAGGGAAGCAAGAUCCACCAGCCACAAGUUAUCAACACAAUCGAGGGCCUCCAUUCACGCCAUCGACUAAUCCUAAUGCACCUGGUGCUGCAGGAAAUACAAAGUUUCCAAUAACAAACUCUGAAGACAAUUUGAACGAGGGACAGAAAAGCUGGGGAGUUUUCAGCAAGGGGAGUCCAAAUGAUACCCCAGACAGGAUAUCAAAAUCUAACUAAGGUAAAGGUAGAACAUGCUUACAGUGAUUGUUUCAAAUAUUACAUGGUAGGCUGAAUUUUGAUGAGGAUAUUUAUUUAGACAUAAGACAGAGCAGAGAUUUUUGUUUCAGACAUGUACUGCUAUGCAUGCCCUGUUUUAAAUGGGCAACAUAACUUUUCUCAAAUAUAUCUGUAAUAAGACAUUAGCUCUUCUGGUUCAAAAAUUUAAGAGAUAAGAAUGAAAACAUAGUUAAUUUAUUCCC